GCGCGGUUGAGAUGGCGGCGGGCCGCGAAACGCCGAUCCAAGUCUUGGCAAAGGACACGCUUACGUCUGUCUACACGCAACACAGAGAGCUCCGCGUUCACUCUUUCCAAAUCCGCAACAAUGAGGGUUCUCCACAGCUUUGUUUCCUCGCUGCUGCUUUCGAGCGCAGCAAUUGUAUCUGCCGCUUCUUCGUGGAGCUUCGAAGAUGGCGCCGUCUCCGUCUCGACCAAAGGUGCUGGUGUAGGCGGAGGUUCCAAGGACAAACUGAACCCUACCAAGCCUCUCGCAAAGUCUGUAUCCCUAGGCGCCGCAGACACGUUGAAGCUGCUCCUCACCGCGGUCGAGGGAAGCACCGCGAAGCGACCUCACCAGGCAUUCCUGACUCUGACGGACCCGGCUACCGGCCUGGAAGACUCAUACGUGUUGAAUGUAAAGGACAGCGGAAAAGCCAAGGUCGAACUGUCCCACAAAGACCUACCCCAUCAAUUCCUCAAGGCUGAGAAGCCGCUCACGGCUUCCAUCGUUAUUGGCUCCUUUGGUUCAUCCACGCCCUACAAGCGCAGGGUGUUUGACCUUGCCAUCACCCGCGACCCCGCCGUUCCUCUGAACACCCCCGAAGCGCCUCUCCGCUACGCCGCCGCACCAGAGAUUCACCACAUUUUCCGCGAUGAUCCCAAGUCUCCACCCAAGCCUAUAACCAUGGUGUUCGCAGCUGCUGUGGCUGCCAUGCUGCCUGUUCUGCUCGGCGCAUGGGCUGUCUUGGGCGCAAACGUGAGCCAUUUGAGCAAGGCCCUGGGCAACGCGCCUGUGUCACACGCACUGUUUUACGGCUCCAUACUGGCCAUGGAAGGCAUCUUUUUCCUGUACUACACGAGCUGGAACCUUUUCCAAACGCUGCCCGCUGCCGCUGUUGUGAGCGCUGUCGCCUUUUUGAGUGGCAGCCGAGCCCUUUCCGAGGUCCAGGAGCGUCGUCUUGCCGGGUUGAGAUGAUUGAGCUGGGGACUGGUAAAUCGCAGUACGCUUGAACAAAAAAGGGGUGUUUUUGAGCGCAAUCAUCUUGCUCUCCCGUGUAUGGAUAGAGAAAGCCUUGGAGUUGUAGCACGUUUAUGCAUCUUGCACGAUUACACUCUUAGAAUUACAAACUAGGACACUAGCAAGUCCAGGCCAUUGCAAUCAUGCUUUUCACUGCUGCAUUUCAA